CCCAAACGCAGGGCCAGAAACAGAACCGGAAAUGGCCAAUACAUCGAACUUAUUGAGUUACGAUCCGACUACACCUCCAUAAGAUCGUGUAUCGCCCAUCAUCCGCCUAAGAAACUGAUCGGAGGUUGUGCCGGGUCCGGUUGUCCGACUGUCAUUGGCAUGUUCGUCGAGUCCUUAUCGAGACUGGCAAUUUUCGAAAAGGAAACCGGUGACUGCACCUUCAUCCGUACCUUACUUAGCGUCAAGUCUUGCCCUGCUGUCCACCAAACCAAGUGUAUCCCGGGACUGGGAACCGUGGUGCCAAUGGCAGUGGGCCAUGCUCUCUCCAGUCCCUGGGCAGCGCUGAACUGCCAACGAGACCAGUGA